CCCACCUUAUAUUUCAUCAAGCAUCCCUUUCCUUGGACAUGCAAUUGCAUUUGGAAAAAGUCCCAUUGAAUUUUUGGAAAAUGCUUAUGACAAGUAUGGACCUGUGUUCAGUUUCACUAUGGUUGGCAAGUCAUUCACAUACUUACUGGGUAGUGAUGCUGCUGCUCUACUCUUCAAUAGUAAAAAUGAAGAUUUGAAUGCAGAGGAUGUAUACUCUCGAUUAACUACACCAGUUUUUGGCAAGGGAGUUGCUUAUGAUGUCUCUAAUGCGGUAUUUUUGGAACAGAAGAAGAUGCUCAAAACUGGGCUAAAUAUUGCCCAGUUUAAACAGCACGUAUCUGUGAUUGAAGAAGAAACAAAGGAGUAUUUCAAAGCAUGGGGAGAGAGUGGAGAAAAAGACCUGUUUAAAGCCUUUUCAGAACUUAUCAUUUUGACAGCAAGUCAUUGCUUACAUGGGAAAGAAAUAAGAAGCUUGCUGAAUGAGAAGAUGGCUCAGCUGUAUGCCGAUUUGGAUGGAGGUUUUUCUCAUGCUGCCUGGCUUCUGCCAGGUUGGCUACCUCUGCCGAGCUUCAGACGUCGAGAUCGAGCACACAAAGAAAUAAAGAGUAUUUUCUACAAGGUUAUCCAGAAACGUCGAAAGUCUGAGGAAAAGGAGGAUGACAUACUCCAAACUCUACUUGAUGCUUCAUACAAGGAUGGCCGUCCGCUGACAGAUGAUGAAAUUGCUGGAAUGUUUAUUGGGCUGCUCCUAGCGGGGCAGCACACAUCCUCCACCACUAGUGCCUGGCUUGGCUUCUUCAUAGCCAGAGACAAAUCAAUACAGGAACAGUGCUAUGCAGAACAAAAAGCAGUUUGUGGGGAUGACCUGCCACCAUUAACUUACGACCAGCUCAAGGAUCUCAGUUUGCUGGAUCGCUGCCUAAAAGAAACUUUAAGGCUUAGACCUCCUAUAAUGACCAUAAUGAGAAUGGCCAGAACUCCCCAAACUGUCGCUGGAUAUAGUAUUCCCCCCGGCCAUCAGGUCUGUGUAUCUCCCACUGUUAACCACAGACUCAGAGCCUCCUGGAAAGAUGCUCUAGACUUCAAGCCUGACCGGUAUCUCCAAGAUAACCCAGCAGCUGGGGAGAAAUUUGCGUACGUUCCAUUUGGUGCUGGCCGUCAUCGCUGCAUUGGAGAACACUUUGCUUAUGUUCAGAUUAAGACUAUCUGGUCUACUUUGCUUCGUUUGUAUGAAUUUGAUCUCAUUGAUGACUAUUUUCCAACUAUAAAUUAUACAACAAUGAUACAUACACCUAAUAACCCUGUUAUCAGAUACAAGAGGAGGUCACUGUAAAUUCUGGAGCUAAAACCUUAGUUAGGUUGUGUUUUCUAACAAAACUAACAAACUUUUGAAUAAUAUUGUGACAAAAUGAGUGGCAAAUAGAAACUGUUGCAUCUCCUGUUAGGAAAGCAACAAUAAUCUACCAGCUGCAAAGUCUUUGCAUCAAUUUUGUUUGUUUGCGCACACCCUUUAAUGCUGCU